UUCACCACCGCUGUUCUUCUCUAUAUAUGAGGCUGGAUUGCUGAACUGGCUGUGAUGAAGUCCUGGUGUGUUCUUGUUGUUCUCUGCUUGACGUGUUUCUGUCAUGGCGCCUAUUCCUGCCCAGCGACUUGUAAAUGCUACACCAGGAGAGCUGAGGUGGUCUGCAACGAGGUUUCCCUGACGGAGUACCCCACUGAAGGUCUCCUGAAGAACACCACCCUGCUGACGAUCCAGUUCACCAACAUCACGUCCAUCUCAGAGCAGCAGCUGAGCGCCACGCCGCUGCUGCAAGGCCUCCACCUGUACAGCAACCACCUGACGAACCUUUCCUCUCACCUGCUCAGGGGCGUCCCUCACCUCCAAACCAUGGACCUCACCGGAAACCAGCUGAGCGACCUGCCAGCAGACGUCUUCAGCCACGCCCCGCUCCACAGUCUGGUGCUGAAGAACAACCUGAUCAAAAAGGCCGAUGCAGAGUGGCUCCAUGAGAACAGCAACCUCACCUGGUUGGACUUAUCUGGAAACCAGUUGAUGAAGAUCCCGACUGCUCUGCUUCAGAAGCUGCCAAACCUGGACAAUCUCGACUUGGCCAACAACCAGCUGGAGAAGAUACCAGCGAACUCUCUGGACUCGCUGAGCAAACUGGAGAGACUGAACAUGCAGAACAACAAGCUGAACACUCUGGAUGCAUCCGUGUUUCAGACCACAAGAAACCUCACCUCUUUGUUCCUCACUCGGAACAAGCUCAGCAAGCUCCCCCAGAACCUCUUCCAGGAGCUGACUCAGCUCAGACACCUGAGUCUGGAUGACAACCAGCUGAGUCACAUCCCUGCAGGUUUGCUGGACCCACUGACCUCGCUGGAUGAAGAGGGGCUGGACCUGACAGGCAACCCCUUCCUGUGUGAUGGGAAGGUGGAGUACCUCUGGAGGUGGCUUCAGAAGAACAAGACGAAGGCUUUCUUGCCAGAGACCAUCACGUGUGGUGGACCUGAGUCUCUAGUGGGGCGCCCAGUCAUGUCGCUGACAGCAAGUGAACUAAAAAUCCAGUCUUAUCAGCAUUCUGCAAAACUCCGUCCAAAUUCAGAAACAGAAGGAAUCCUGCUUUUGCCUUUCAGUGUUUUAAAGAUGAUCUGGUGGCUGCUCCUGGCUGCCACUGCUCUGGCUGAGUCCAACUUCCAAGCACGAUUCUCCCACUCAUGUCCAGAUCAGUGCUCCUGCUUGUCAACAGCUCCAGGUGCUAAAGUGCUGUGUAGCCGACGCUCCCUCGCGUACUUCCCUGAACUCGGCUUACCUCCCGACACCACACAUUUGUCCUUUCACAACACCCAACUGCGCGACAUCACAGCCGGCCAUUUGAGCGCCGUGCCCCUCCUAACCUUCCUCCAGCUGUAUUACAACAACCUGACAACACUUCCUGCGGAGCUACCGGCGGUCGUCCCUCGACUGAACGAGUUGGAUCUCACAGGUAAUCAGCUGGUUCACCUGCCGCCGCGUGUCUUCAGCUUCGCCUCGCUCCGUCGGCUGAUGCUGAGGAACAACCUGUUAGAAGAAGCACAUGCGGACUGGUUUCCUGACAACAGCAGCCUCACCUGGCUGGACCUGUCCUGCAACCGGUUAACCAGCAUCCCAGCUGCUCUGCUUCACAAGCUGCCCCAUCUGGAGACCCUAGACCUGAACGAUAACAACCUGCAACAGCUACAGGAAGACGCGCUGAAGAACCUGCACCACCUGGAGUCCCUGAACCUCGGCGGGAACAAAUUAAUCACCCUGGAACCAGCAACCUUUGCUCACAACCUUAAACUGUCCCAACUGUCUCUGCAUGAGAAUCAGCUCCGAGAGCUUCCAGCGAACCUCCUGAAGGGCCUCCAACACCUUCAGCUCCUGCUGCUCUUCAAGAAUCAGCUGCAGUAUCUUCCUUCAGGUCUGCUGAACGAGACAAGACCCUCUUUCAGGAUGGUGGUAUCGGGGAACCCCUGGGAGUGUGAUGGGAGAAUAGAGUAUCUGUGGAGGUGGCUCGGUGACCAUCUUUCGAAUGUCUUCUUUCUGAAUGAAGUGACUUGUAACGGACCUGAAGCUCUCAAAAAUGAGCAAAUAGUGUCUCUAACUGAAAGCCAGCUUGUUCUCAAGAAAACACAAUCAAACAGUCAAAUCUAGGGAUGAAGACUUGGUGAAAGAAAAGUGGAUAUUUUACUUUUGCUGUCUACAUUCUUGUGUCGAAU